AGAGACCAUGAGCGCCGUCAGGUCACUUUGCUGCCGUCUAGCCAGGAUGAAGGUUUUUGCUGUCCUCGCACUUUGGGCCACUUUGCUGUUUCCCGUACACCCGGACUCCUUGGACUCCUGUGAGGGUCGCUGUGGUUUUGGAACAGACGCUGGUUAUUCCUGUCAGUGCAACCCGUCCUGUCAGCGCUACGGGGACUGCUGCUCCGACUACACUCAGCUAUGUCAGGGCGGCAGCGGCGGCGGUUCCGUCGUCACGGAUGCUGAGAUCAAGUCUGUCUCAGAGGCCCUUUACGUCCUGGACUCAAACCGCGCUUCGGCCUCAGAGUUGCUGAUCGACCCCCAGGUUCUGAUCUCAGGGUCUCAGAGCAGCUCCCAGUCCGAUCUUUCUUUUCGCCCGUUUUUCCGCUACGUGGAUGAGGGGGCUUUGUUCUCCAGGCCCACCUAUGCAGCUCUCCUGGCCCUGCUGGAUAACUACAACAGGAUGACCGGCCAGACGGAGAACAUCAGCCCACAGGAGAUGGCCGAGCAGGACCGCUUCCUCAGGGAGACCAUGUCCAACACAGAGCUGGGCCGAGAGCUCUUUGAGUUCCUCUCCACCAAAGGUAUCUACGCAUCCGAGGAAGACUUCCUGUACGACCUGAAGAUGAUGUGGUUUGGUCUCUACUCACGGAACAACAACAAGAUGGACUCCAGUGGCUUUGAGCACAUCUUUGCAGGUGAGAUCAAGGGAGGAAAGGUGUCCGGCUUCCACAACUGGAUCCAGUUUUAUCUUCUGGAGCAAAGCGGGCAGCUGAAUUAUUACAGCCAUAGCUUCAACGGGCCAUGGACACGAUACCCAGACGUGAUGGGCAUGCAGUUCAUGUGGGACGGCUACUUCAAACAGGUGGGCUCUGCUGUCAUUGGCUGCAGCCCCGAAUUUGACUUUGCCAUUUACAGCCUGUGUUACAUCACCCGACCCGGCAAACAAUGUCGCCUGAGUCUGGGAGGAAAGGAGCUGAUCAUCCAAACGUACACCUGGAAUAACUCCUCCUACGGGAACGGCAAGAAGUAUAUCGGCACCGCUUAUCCCGCAACACCCAGGACCUGAAUCCAUGAAUCCAUGGACCGUCUACUCCGCCAUACCACACGUGAUGGAGAUACACACCACCUUCCGACUUACUAAUGCCGCAAUAAAGAAGUUCACUAGAA